AAAAAAAAAAAAAAAAAAAAAAAAAAAAACAAAAAAAAAAAAAAAAAAAAAAAAAAAAAAAAAAAAAAAAAAAAAAAAAAAAAAAAAAAAAACACCCUACAAAAACUGUGAAUCAGAAUACUAGAAACAAUAAUUUAAAGAUCCAGCAAAAUGCUAGAAGAAGCGGAAGUUUCCAACAAAGGGCACAAUGGUACGACAUUGGACAAAAAUUUCUUUGAGGAUAUAUCUUCUUUAGAGGAAGCUGACUGCUAUUUGGACUUUUUAUCGCAGCCUUACCCUCAUACUGGAAAAGGCGGCGAAAUCUACUGCAAUAGCACAUGGGAUGGUAUAUCAUGCUGGCCAACGACACCAGCAGGCACUGUUGCUAGUGUACCAUGCUUCGCUGAAUUUAAUGGCGUCCGUUAUGAUACUAAUAGUAAUGCAAGCAGAUAUUGCCUAGAAAAUGGAACUUGGUCAUCAUGGUCCAACUACCGAUCUUGCAAACCAUUGACACUUCAUGAAGAUGAGUUCUUUCAGGUGCUAUGGGAUAUGAAGGAAGCCGCUACUAUUUACUAUGUAGGUUAUGGCAUUUCGCUUGUUGCAUUAAGUCUGGCUCUUCUAGUUUUCUUCCAUUUCAAAGAUCUACGAUGUUUGCGAAAUACCAUCCACACUAAUUUGAUGAUAACCUAUUUGCUCAUUGAUAUAACAUGGAUUUUGACAGCUACCUUGCAAUCAAAUCCUCAGCCUACAGCGGCCAAAGUGUCUUGUUUCCUUGUGAUUUUGCUCACUUAUCUGAUGGCAACCAAUUUCUUUUGGAUGUUCGUGGAAGGUCUCUACCUCUACAUGUUGGUGGUAAAGACAUUUUCCAUUGACAAGAUCCAAUUCAGGACAUACGUCGCCAUUGGAUGGG